CGCAACAUGUCAAAUGUCCUGACAGCUUAACAAAUUUAAAUAUUUGUAGAAAUAAUGCAUUUCUCAUAUUUUCUAAACGUUAUAAAAAUAAGCAACAUUUGAACAAACUAUUGAAUAUUGAACAAACUAAAAUAAUAAAAAUGGAUCUGUAUGGAAAAGACAAGGGCAAUGUCAGUUUACCACCACGUCUUCAGCCACACGAUUUUGAUGGAACCAAGUUAAAAGACGUUAUUAUUAACACGCAAAAAUGUUUGUAUGAUUUAAAAAUUGCAGAAUCAAAUAAAAGAAUUCAAAGAUUAGAAAAACGGAAUAAGGAAUUGGAGAAUACUUUAGGAGAUACAGAUUAUUCCAUUAAAACUUUACAAGAAGAGAAAGGGAAAGAAAUAUCUAGUUUAAACUCACAACUAACUUCUUAUUUAGUCAAGAUAGAGCAAUAUAAAAAUCAAUUAGCUACUCUCCAAAAAUCAAGAAUUGAUGAUAGAUUCACUCAUAGUGAAAGAACUAAAAACAUUGAUGAAAAAUAUAAAAACACCCGACUUAUGCUUAUUUCACAAAUCAAGCUCCUGAGUGCUAAAAUUAACGUUUUGGAAGAUUAUAAAUCAAUGCAACAUAUACUGGAACAGAAAUUAGAUAUGAAAAAUCAAUAUUUAAUUCAUCAAAAAGAGCAGGUGGCAGAAAGUUUGCGUCAAAUUAAACGCAAAUUUAGGAUUGACAGGGAAAAAUUCAAAAAAGAUUUAUAUAAUCGUGUCGUGAAUUUGGCUAGUGUGUUUCAACUUGAAACAGGCCAACAUAUGCCAUGUUCUAUACCCAAAUUAUUGUCAGAAAAUAUAGCUAUAAAUAAUCAAUUAUCAAUGAUUAUGGAAAGCAUGACUUCUAAAAAACAAGAUUGUAUCUUAUAUGAUCACGAAGUAAAAAAAUAUAAAAGCAAAAUUAACAAUGCAUAUUUGAAUGCAAAGCGAUCUAUAGUAGCUAUCAAACUAAAAAAAUCCACAAUUGCAAUGUUAUGUGAAAUGCGCAACAAAACAGAUAUUGAUUUAUCCAAAUUAUUCAAAUCUAAUUAUCUCACAGGAGAACAAUACAUAGUGAACAAAGACAAUGCUAAGCUCAAAGCGCGAAAGUGUGAAACACACGUAAAACAGUUGGAAAUUUUGCUUUAUUGUGAAAAAGAAAAACUCGCUAUUGCUAAAUUUCAGAAACAAUGGAUAUCUGAUCAAUUGCAAACAUAUUUGCAAAUACUCUAUGAUAUUAAAUAUGUGCUAAUAAAUCUUGAAACUAAAAAUUGUGCAACUAUAAGUAACAAAAAUAAAAUUUAUUAG